AAAUAGUAUUAUUUGUAACUCGUUCGGUAGUGCACACAUAUUGGAAAAGUUAUCAUGAAAUAUAUAUAUAUUGUAUUUACAGUAUUUGCUAUCGCAUUUAGACAUUGCAUCACGCUUAACAUCGUGGCAAUUUUACCUUUUCACGGGAGGAGCCAUUUUAUAGUACAACGUGUAUAUCUGAACGAACUACUCAGAAGAGGUCAUAAUUUGACCGUAAUAUCUCACUUUCCAGAAAAAUCACCUCCCUCAAACUAUUAUGAUGUGAGCUUAGCAGAAAACAGUACAGUAUUCGAAAAUAGUCUGUUAUACCGACAAUCUUAUGUAAAGUUUCUUCUUGUUUCAUUCAAUAUGCUUAAAUAUGGAAGAGAAUCUUGUGAAGUGCUGUUAUCGAAUCAAAAUGUACAACAACUUAUUAGGCAAAAGCCAAAAUACGAUUUAGCCAUCGUUGAUCAAUUUAAUACUGAUUGCGGUUUGGGACUCGCCUACAAAUUUAAUGCUCCUAUAGUUGGAAUAUCAGCAAACGGUAUAAUGCCAUGGCUUUAUGAAAGAUUUGGAGUUCCCUACCACCCAGCGUAUGUGCCAUUCCAGUUCGUUGGUGGUGGAAGACAUCCUACAGUUUUACAAAGAUUUGAACGGUCGAUAUUGAAUACCUACACCAAAUUUAUAUUUUACUUUUCACAAAAACUUGAACAAUUAAAAGUCGCUAAGUAUUUGGGUGAAGUGCCUCCAUUAGAAGAAAUAGCAAAAGAUAUUAAACUGUUACUUGUCUAUAAUAACUUUGUUCUAACGGGUUCGGAUAUAUACCCUUCAAAUAUUAUUAGUGUAAGUGGUUAUCACGUUCCUGAGGCAAAGGAAGUAACUGGAGAUUUGAAGAGUUUCAUCGAAGGCGCCACUCACGGUGUCAUUUACAUAUCGUUUGGGUCUCUCGUCAAGACUUCUAGCCUACCUGACAACAUAGUUACUGCUAUAAUACACGCAAUAUCUGCAAUGCCACAGCGAUUCAUUUGGAAAUGGCAUAACAAGUCUCAAGUAUUGGACAAAAAUAAAGUUUUCAUAGCUGAUUGGUUGCCUCAAAUAGAUAUUUUAGCCCAUGAGAAGACUUUAGCGUUUUUUUCACACGGCGGUUUAAAUGGUGCUGUAGAAGCUUUGCAUUAUUCCGUACCUAUCCUGGCAUUUCCUAUCUUAGGGGAUCAACCAUCAAAUGCAGCGAGCAUUGAAGAGUCUGGUUUGGGUGUACAAAUACAAGGGCAUGAAAUUACAAACGAAACUCUAGUUGCAGCGCUUAAGAAGAUUCUGGAUCCACAAUUCCGUGAAAAUGUUACACGUUUGUCAAGAGCGUGGCAUGACCGACCCAUAUCAGCACUAAACACUGCCAUCUACUGGACUGAGUUUGUAGCUCGUCAUCCACAUCUGAACUAUCGUAAUAGAGUCGUUGAUAUACCUUUCUACCAAUAUUGGUGUUUGGACAUUUUGUGCAUCUAUAUCGCAAUUAUACUUACAUUUGUAUGUUUACUUAAAAUAGCUCUAAAAAUGUAUCGUAUUAAACAUAUUGUACAAGAUAAAAAGCAUACCAUGAAGAGAUCUAAGCAAGAAUAAAAAUGAUAUAUUUUGAGAGAGGAACUACAUGUAAAUCUUUACAUGUAGUUCUUCUAAUAAAUGUUUGACAGAAUAUAACGUAUCCAAUUAUUAUAUCCUUCACUGAACUUUUUCAUUAUCAAGGUUUUAUAGCAGUGCUAGAAGGUAGGUUGAAAAAGAGGUUCAUAUUUUAAGAAUUAAGUUCUUAUUUUAUAUUAUAUUUUAUAUUUAUUGUAUUAGUAUAAUAUAGUUUUUUGAAGUC